GUCAGGACCCAGAUGUGGGGGAGAGCCAGCUGCCCCGCGAGGGGAACCCUGUGAUGUUGGGUCUUGAUCAGUUAGCCCAUGAUGUCCCCCAGGAUAUGGCUUCGGAUGACGAUCAUGAUGAUGAGCAUCACCCAGAAGAUGAGGUAGGCGAGGAGCAUGCUGGUGACCCAGCGACCGAGCACAUAGCGUUCGACCAUAUUCGGCUGAUGGGGUAUAACCCAGACGGGAGCAUCUAUUUUGAGGUAAUUAAGGACCCAGAGAGAAAUUGGGUGCUCCCGAGGGGUAAGAAAGUUGUGUUGCAGUACAAUGCUGCAACACAACCCGUGGGACGAGCAUGCAAUCGUUAUAGACGGGCUGCGGGUAAGAUGUUGCGGAGCGGAUUAAGCAGGCGAUGUGGGAUGCCAUAA